AGUAAUAUAAACCACACAACAAUGAUACAACACACAAGUACAUUUAUAAUUGAUUGAUUGAUUGAUUGUCUUUAUUACCCCAAGAAACAUUUCUGUUUAUGAUAGGGAUACAUAAAUACAUAUAAAAAAAUAAUAAUAAUGAAAUUGAGAGAUCUAUGGAUUAAUAUAGAGUGCAUUUCUAGGAUGAAUAGUGGAAUUUUUGUUGCAACAAUAGUAUCUGUUCUCUUAGGAACAACAGUAAUAUUUCCAUCAUGUCUUACAUAUCUGUUAUUUGGAAUUUUAUUGAUCUUCACCAUCAUACUUGGAAUUUUCACUGCCCUAUGGUUGAACAUCAUGCUUUCCUUACCCCACAAAACAAUUGUGGGGGCUGAAAACAGUUUGAAGCUAACAGAGAAUUUCCGAAAUAGGCUCAUGAAAGAGUAUGACACUUCAAUAUCUUCAAAAAAAGUUACCUCUCCUACAUUGCAAAUUUUUGGAAGGACUGUGGACAGUUUACUUCAACAGUUACUGGACUUCAUCAUCAGGGAUUAUAUUUUGGUGUAUCUCAAAGAUUUUGCCUAUGAGUUAGAUACUUUGGGUAUCAAUAUCAAGGAUGAUCUUUGGGGAGCUGUUAACACUCUCCAUGAAAAACUCUCCAGGGUAGAUUCAGCCAAACUAAUUGCAGCAGAUAUAGUUUCCAAAAUAACAACUCAUUUUGAGAGAAUAAGAGAAUCUAAAGCUUUGGUUGGUGAUUCUGACCGUCCUCCAGUUUUUCAACUGUUACCACAUGUAAUGUCUUCAGAAAAAGAAAUUGAGUAUCUGCGUACAGUCAGUGAAUUACUCAUAAUGUUCUUACUGCCAAGGACUUAUUCCUUAUCUCCUACAAAAUACUUCAUUCGUGAAGUUCUUUGCUGCAAAGUAUUCAAACCCAUUAUUGACAAUUUGACUGACCCAGAUUUUUUCAAUUGCAAUGUCAUAAAUUAUAUCCAAGUGAACUAUAUGAAUGUUAACCUGCCAAAGAAGGCUCUGGAGAAUAUCAAUAAUUUUGAAGAUCUCAUAGAUCCAAUUGAUGAUGUUCAGGUAUUAAGGUCAAUAAGAUAUAAUAUUGUUACAAAGUUGAUGCAAGCUACUACCCUUCAGAACCUGAAUCGUGCUAAAGGAGUAGACUUGGAUAAUGAAAAGAGUGCAAUGUCUUCUGCUGGGAUCCCAAAAUCUGAUAUAAAUGCUGCCAAAAAACUCAAAAAACAUAUAAAUCAGCUCAUGAUGGCUAAGAAACAGUGUGAAAAAAAAUUGAUCAGCCUAGGCUGGGACUCUGGCUAUCAGUAUGGGGAUGAACUUAAAAAGGUGCUUUCUAUUCAAACAGUGCUAGACCAUGUGCUGGGAAGAAAAUUUCUGUCCCAAUUUUUGCAAACACUAGCUAGUCAGGAUCUGAUCAGAUUCUGGACAGCAGUAGAAGAACUGCAUACUGCCCAAAGGAACAAUUGGCACCAACUGGGUGCUGAGAUUUUUUAUACUUUUAUUAGAAAUCCAAUUUCAGAAAUCAAGGUGGAUAAAACUACCAAGAAGCGAAUGGAAGCAUUUUUGCUAGGUGAUAAAGGACCUGAGGUGUUCUAUGAAGUACAAAAACAAGUGGUGCAUACUAUCGAAGACAAAUAUUACCAGUCAUUUUUGAUAAGUGAUUAUUAUAAAGAAAUGGUCAAUGCUAUAGAAAAUGAAGAUGACAUGUCUAUUGACAGCAACAGAUUGAUGGAAGAAAGACAAACUUCUACUGAUUCUUCUGGUAGUCCUGAAAAUAGUUUGAAUGUUGGGGAUCAUUCGAAUUAUGCCAGAAGAAAACUGGACCAACUUGAAGAAAAACUCAAUAACAAAUCUCAAGCUCUUGCUGCUUUGAAAUCAUCAAUGAGGCCAGAAUCUAAAGUUUUGAAAAAACUUGAAAGUGAGGUUGAAUGGUUACAAGGCGAGAAAAGACAGUUGGAAGCUCAUAUGACGCGAACAGAAAUCUGGGCAGAUAAUUUGGGGAGAUGGAGGGCAUAUGUACAAACUGCUGAGAUAUCUGACGAAAAAGAACCACCUCAGUUUGUCUUGGUGGUGCAGAUGGCUGAAGAUGAGUCGCCGGAAAGUGAAGAAACGAUCUGCACCGGUUGGGUGGUGUGCAGAAGCUUGACGCAUUUUCAAGAGCUGCACAGAAAGUUGCGCCCUCUGUGUUCUGAGAUAAGAAGCUUGGAACUGCCAUCGAAUACGUUCAAGUUUCUUUUCGGUAAAUCGGACAAGUUGACUUUGGAGAGGGCUAAGCAACAAAUUCAGAGAUAUCUGAAUUUUGUGCUGAAAGAUGACAGACUGAACCAAAGUGAAGCCAUAUAUUCGUUUCUGAGUCCUAGUUCUGAGCAUUUGAAACACUCUACACCUAGUCCCAAGAAAUCGAGAUUCUUCUUUUCAACUUUUUUCAAAAGUGGUAGUGAACCGAGUCGGGACUAUGUCUCAGUACUCAAAGAAAGUGAAGAGGAAGAUAUGUCCCAAGGUGUGGAAUCAAACAUUGACACUGUAGACUUUGUCCGGACCAAUGGACAAACUCUCAAAAUGACAGAUGAUGCCAUAGCAGAACCCUUAUACAGCUUGCUGAGCGAAAUUUUCGACAUGAGAGGCGUUUUCAAGUACGUGAGAAAGACCCUGAUCGGCUUCGUCCAAGUGACGUACGGCCGCAACAUCAACCGACAGAUCUACGAGACCGUCUCGUGGUGGUUCUCCGAGGAGAUGCUCCACUACUACGCCGCCUUGGCGCUGAGGAGCUUCUGGCCGGGCGGCACGCUAGCCGAGGCUGGGCCGCCCAGGGGUCGGGCGGAAAGACGGGGGGCGGCCCUGAAGGCGCAGGAGAUGUUCGUGAACAACGUGCCCGAACUGCUGACAACGCUGGUGGGGAGUAAAGCUGCGCGCAGCGGGGCCAAGCGGGUGUUCGACGCCUUGCAGGAGAAGAACAUGAACAAGCAGUUGUUUUAUGAGAUAUUAGAAGUCACUUUGGAUGCUGUCUUUCCUGAACUCAGUUGAAAAUAAGUAUCAUCUGAACAUCGCCACCCAUUUAUCCUGCAAAGUUUUGUUGACUGAGUUUGUUUUCAGCUAGAUUGUUGAUUUUUAUAAUGCGGAACUGUGGAUUAUACUUUGACUUUGUUAGAAUUUUAAUAAAUGGUGUAAAAUAUAAAAAUGUAGC